CUCCUCCUUUCCCAAAUCCGAAAUUCCACGCCCACCCCCAGUUUCCAUUUUCCCGAUCUCCGAUUCCCCAGCCCCCACCCUAUCGUAUCCAGCACCCUCCCGCACCGAAUCCCUCUCCCUCUUCCUCGAUCUCAGGCUGCAUGCAGAACCCGCUCUCAUCUCAAUUGUGGGAAGCAUAGAAAUGACGGAAAGCUUGAGAUUAUGACAUUUUGCCGCCAAAAUUAUGAGGGCGCGUUCGCUUUGGGCCGACGAGCCCAACUCUCCUCCUUCUACCUCCCUCCCCCGCGCUGCCCAGCCCAAUCCGGCCAAGCACAGUGUUAGCAAUGUGUUUAGCUUGUUAGCGCGGAGAGAGGUCUCGCCGCAGACUAAGCAUUUGGCGAAGAAGCUGUGGGUGAAGGCGUCAAAGAGCCGGUCCGAUGGCGUUGGCGUGAGGUGUGAAGCUGCUAGAGAUGCUAGAAAUGGACUUGUGUCGUGGGUGGAGGCGGAGUCACUCCAGCAUUUGUCUGCAAAAUAUUGUACGCUUGUGCCUCCUCCACGGUCGACGAUUGCCGCUGCCUUCAGCCCUGAUGGCAAGACACUUGCUUCCACCCACGGGGAUCAUACUGUAAAAAUCAUUGAUUGCCGAACUGGAAGCUGCUUAAAGGUGUUGAGUGGUCACCGCAGGACACCUUGGGUGGUCAGGUUUCAUCCUUUGCAUCCAGACAUACUGGCUAGUGGAAGUUUGGAUCAUGAAGUGAAGUUGUGGGAUUCAAACACAGCAGAGUGUAUAGGAUCGCGUGAUUUCUUACGCCCCAUUGCUUCCAUUGCUUUCCAUGCCCAAGGGGAGCUUCUUGCUGUUGCAUCAGGUCACAAGUUAUACAUAUGGCACUACAACAGAAGAGGAGACUCACCAACCAUAGUACUAAAGACACGGCGUUCGCUUCGGGCUGUGCAUUUUCAUCCUCAUGCUGCUCCUUUCCUUUUAACAGCUGAGGUCAAUGACCUUGACUCAUCAGAUUCCUCAAUGACACUUGCUACUUCUCCGGGUUACUUGCGCUAUCCCCCACCUACUGUGUAUUUGGCAGAUGCUCAUUCUAGUGAUCGUUCUAGUUUGGCAGAUGGACUGCCUCUUAUGUCUUUACCUUUGCUGAUGUGGCCUUCAUUUGCUAGAGAUAGUGGGAGAAUAUCUAUGCAGCGGAAUGAUGUAGAUAUUGGUUCAAGCAGUGCACAACCGAGAGUUGAUCCUCCUGCUUCAGUGCGGCUUUUAACGUAUUCAACUCCAUCAGGCCAGUAUGAACUUCUGUUGGCCCCUGUUGAACCAAAUAGCUCUUCUCCUGUGCCAGAAGACAUGGGAAGUAGUCCGAUCCUGAGUGAAAUGGAAACUGAAGCUUCUCAAUCUUCAAUGGGUACUUUAGAGCCUAUGGAAGUGCAACCAGAAGGAAGAAGUAAUAAUAUAUUCCCUUUUGGUGACUCAACAUAUUGGGAACUUCCUUUCUUGCAAGGUUGGCUAAUCGGUCAGACCCAAGCUAACCAACGAAAUUUGCGGCUGGUAAGUGAUUCUCCCCAUGACAAUCCAUCUACAAAUGGUGAGAUGGACAGUGCAGCUCCUGUCACUUCCUCAGUAAUACCGACUAGUGUAAACCAACCUAGGGCGACUGGAAGAUCUAGUUCCCGGCACCGUACUUCACGUUCUCAUAUGAUGUCAACUAUUGGCUCUAAUGAGGGCGCUGGAUACAAUAAUAUUGCUCAUGGUGAAAGUGAACCUCAACCUGGUGUCAGCAGAAUUCAAUCUGAGCUUGCCAACUCCCUAGCUGCAGCGGCGGCGGCAGAGUUACCUUGUACUGUGAAGCUCAGAGUUUGGCCGCAUGAUGUGAAAAAUCCAUGCGCUCCCCUUGAUGCUGACAGAUGUUGCUUAAUUAUUCCACAUGCUGUACUCUGUAGUGAAAUGGGAGCCCAUUUUUCACCUUGUGGAAGGUUUUUAGCAGCCUGUGUUGCAUGUAUGUUGCCUCAUUUGGAAGGUGAUUCUGGGAUUCAGGGUCGGGUCAACCAUGAUAUCACGGGGGCAUCAACUUCCCCAACUCGGCACCCAAUCUCAGCUCACCAUGUCAUGUAUGAGCUUCGGAUAUAUUCCCUCGAAGAGGCAACGUUUGGUAAGGUUCUUGCAUCCCGGGCAAUACGAGCUGCCCACUGUUUGACAUCUAUUCAGUUCUCUCCUACGUCAGAACACAUAUUACUUGCCUAUGGCAGGCGUCACAGUUCACUUCUUAAGAGUGUUGUCAUUGAUGGAGAGACAACUGUGCCUAUUUACACCAUUUUGGAGGUGUACAGAGUUUCUGAUAUGGAACUUGUGAGAAUUCUCCCUAGCGCAGAAGAUGAGGUCAAUGUAGCUUGUUUUCAUCCUUCUGUUGGAGGUGGCCUUGUUUAUGGAACUAAGGAAGGGAAGUUAAGGAUCCUCCAAUAUGAUAGUUCUCGUGCUGUGAGUCAUACAACUUCCAGUUUUCUUGAUGAAAACAUGCUAGAGGUCCCGACCUAUGCUUUAGAAUGCUAGGGACUAGCUGCCGUUCUCCACCUGUGGGAUGUACUGCUCAGCCUAGCUGGUUCGUUUCUUGUUAAGGUCUAUUUAGAUGUAAAGCUUCAGCUCUCCACACUUGCCUUUCUGCAAUAAUGCAGAGGAAUACUUGGAUCAUCUUUUUACUCAUUAUUGCCUUCUUACAGUUUUACUCGUCAGACUUGGAUCCUUUCUCAUCUUCCCUCUCCCCUACUCAUUACCUCUGACCUUUGUUUCUUGCUCACCUUUCGCAGCAUAACCUGUUCCUUAGAAUUUUUUUAAAUAUUUGCCGUGGAAUCUGUGUCUUGUUUCAUCACACUCCUGUUGAUCCCCGUCAAGUAGCUCAUGGAGCAACUUUACCUUUCCAUAAACCCCCUCCGUUGCCAAAAUUCUCUGACCCUUUCCCUUGUCAUUUAGUGGCAUGCUCCACCCAACUCAGUUGAACUCAACUUUGAUAGUUUGGUUCAACCUUCCCAUGAAGUAGAUGCUGGUUUCGCGGUGAAGAUCCUCAGUCAUCCCCCAUUGCAGUGGUGUCACAGAAUCCUCGUCUUUCAGAUGUCCUCACUGUUGAGGCUAAAGCCUUACCCUGAGGCCUGCUCAAGUAACCGCUGCUUUUACCUCCAAAUGUCCAACAUUGAAGGAAAUUCUUGAUGUGCUUUUAGACCGCUUGCAGAGCUUUGGAAGAUUAAAUCUCUGGUGGAGGUCCGACUGUCUGGUUCGAUUCUGUUUCAUUUAAGCAUGUCUGGUGUAAAGAGAAUUUCCGGGCAAAUUCCAAAUGUAAUGUAUUGGGGCUCCUCCCUGCUUCUGUUUAUUCUACCUUUCAUUUUGAUCAAUGUGGAGGUGGGAUGUAGUAGUCUAAUUUGUAAUUUUAUUUUCUAAUCGAAGAAAAUAGAUCAGUGGAAAAAAGCUCGGGUAUUGAAACAACAGGACAAAGUGAUUCAAUUGUGUAUAUUAUAGAUCUGUAUGUUUGUCUAAUCUAAACGUGGGUUCAGUUCAUUUCGA